AUGAAAACCAACCACAGUAGCUGCCAGCAACAUAAUAUACGAUUGGAGAAUUUGAAAAUUCAGAGGAUCUUCAAGAACUAUUGGCUACUAUAUACCACUAAGGACUUGAUAAUAACUGAACACUGUCCAGAACAUGUACAAAAAUACCAUGUGCAAGGCACAUAUAUGAUGAUACCUAAUCAAGAAUGCAGAACACAGGUUGGAGACACAUUCAUCAACGCUCCGAGGUACCUUGCGAUUAUUAAACUUCAACUUCCCACAAUCGAGAUGCCAACCGUACGAGAGGAUGACAUCAAGAAAGAAGCAAAACAGUUAGAUUUAAGAAACAUGGACUUCAGUGAUAUAAAAGAAUUAAUAAAUAGUGCUAAAUUCAGUGAUAACGAAAUAAAUACAAAAUUCUUAGUAACCAGGGAAAUCAGUGUAUGGACCAAGUUACAAGUUUAUAUCUCAUUAUAG